AUUAAAAUCAACUAUUAUGUUUGUUAGUCUCUUUCCCAUCUAUCUCAUUGGUCAACUGGUUAGUCUCCUGCAUAUGUCCCUUCUCUACUCACUGUAUUGCUUUGAAUAUCGUUGGUUCAAUAAAGGAAUUGAAAUGCACCAGUGGUUGUCAAACAUAGAAAGGAAUUGGCCUUACUAUUUUGGAUUUGGUUUGCCCCUGGCUUUCCUCACUGCAAUGCAGUCCUCAUACAUUAUCAGUGGCUGCCUCUUCUCUAUCCUCUUUCCUUUAUUCAUUAUCAGCGCUAAUGAAGCAAAGACCCCUGGUAAAGCCUACCUUUUCCAGUUGCGCCUCUUCUUCUCCUUGGUGGUUUUCUUAAGCAACAGACUCUUCCACAAGAUGGUCUACCUGCAGUCUGCCCUGAGUAGCUCGGUCUCUGCAGAUAAGUUCCCUUCACCACAUCCGUCUCCUGCCAAACUGAAGGCCACUGCAGGCCAUUGAGUUGCCUGGCAUCUGGAGGGGCGGGUGGGAGUGGAAGAGACCAAGGCAGCUCUUUCCUGUGUUCACCUUCCCACCGGGGAAGGCACGACCCGCUCUGCCAAGGGCCCACUGCCUAUUCCCAAUCUCUGAGAAAUUGGAAUUCUUGUCUCUGGUACAAGGAAGGCUGCAGCCUCUUCCCUGAAACCAGCAUGUGGAUUUUUAACACCAGUUAGGACCUCGGGUUUCUGCAGCUCUUUUCUAGCAUUUUCCAGCCAGCCCCUGUGCCUGGACCCACGUGAGGAAGUUGUUUUCCCUGUGCCAUCUCUCCCUACACCCCAUCCCCCACCACCUACCACCCACUACCCUGGGACCCUGGGACAAAUGGAUUUUAUAAUUCUAGCUGUUGUAUUUUGUGACUUGUUAUUUUUGUUGUUGUUUUCCUGUGAAGCACAUAUAUCAGAUGUUUGGGGGGUGAAGGAGUCUCUUAGCCACUCCUGCCACUCCCUUAUAGCCAUCACUGUCUUGUUUCUUGUAACUCAGGUUAGAUUUUGGUCUCUGUUUGGUCCACUGCAAAAAAACAAGUCUGAAAACAUGGGACAGGAAGAAAGAUCUCACAGCCAGGUCUGCUGGGAUUUGAAGAGUGAUUUCUUCUCUUCCUCUAGUGGGGAAGAAUGCUUUUCUCUCUGGUACUUUUCUCAGUUUCCCAGCUACAGGGAGGUACCAGUUUUGGACAUGUGCCACUGUAACACAGAAUGCUCAAGAGAAGCUGAAUUUGUAAUCUCUAAAGGUCUAAAUUCACUGUUGGCUACUGCUGUUCUGUCUGGUAUUUCAAAGGAAUAUGGGGUAUUGCAAAUAGGAACUGAAAAAAGGAUAAACUUAUUAAACCUGUGAAAAAAAAAAUCAAAUAAAAUCAACUAUUUUCCUUUCCACUUUUUCAGAGGAAGAAGGUCUUCGAGGAGAAAAGAGGAAAAGAGAUGUUGAAGAUGAUGGAGAGGAAGAAGAUGACUAGAUCUUUCGAAGACCAGAUUCCCUAGUGUUCCUGGUGUGCAACAGUGAUCACAUCUUUGUUUCUUCCUGUAUGAUAGCUGUCCCUACAGAAGAUAAUGCGUAACUUUUUAUAGGAAAAGUGUGGUUUUACUAUUUUUGCCUUACCAUUCCAAGUAAGAUUUACUAGUGUAUUAACGAUGAUAUUGUAUGUAGAGAAAAUUUUCCAUUGACUUCAUUAUGAAAUCCCCCUAGCAGUUAAUUUAGCAUCUUAAUUUUUCUAAUUAAAGCGCAUUGUAUUAGUCAUUUUUAGCUCAUAAUUAAACAUGGUUGCUUUUACACAGGUGUAGUAUGGUGCAUUUCAUUCAUAAGGCUAUAAAAUUAUUUAUAAAUUAACUGAAAUCACAGUUGGCUGGAAUGUGAAAUUACAAGUCUCUUGAAUGACAAAUUGGUUAUAUUUUUUAGAGGUAGAUCCAGUGAUCUUUAGUUUGAAGACCAUGAUUUUUGGCUAACGAUUAUAGGGUGCUAUUUUGUCACAUAAAUAACUUGGGAAGUAGGAGCAGAGUAGGUAUUCAGAAUCCUGUUCAGCAAUAUAGUUAAUGAAUUUUGUGGAAACUUCUGAAAUCUUUUAAGCCAGGUGACUAACAAGAUUUUAUUUUUGAAGAAAAAUUGCUUAUACUAAAUAUGUGUAGUUGAGUCCUUUUUCAAGCUGAAGAGCGUUAUAUGCCAAUGGUUGUUUAUUUUGUUUUAAGUGUGUAUUCAUUUCUCUCUCUACAGUUCUUUUAUUAUCACCCUCCUUUCUUUUCUGCUCCUCUCCAGUUCGUGUACACGCGCACGCACGCACACACACAUACACACAUACACACACACACACACACACUUUGAGAAUCUCAAGGAUAUCCAGGAAAACCUUUAGUCUUAUACCUCAACCACCUUUUUAGACCUAUCCCAGUUUCUAAAAAGCUAAGUAAAAGAAAUUUGUAUUUUCAGAGGUACAUAUAUCGUUGUUAAAACAGCUUUAUGCAACAGAUUCUAUAAACUAUAAAUCUUGUUUAACAACAUGUUAAUAAACCAUAUUAAGAUGAAGAAAGAAGCAGAGAGGCCUUUUGAAAGGCACAUUAGUGUUCCUCAACACUCUGGACUUAUUGAUAAUUAGACAUUCAAGUCAAAGUUUUAAGUUGGCUUCUCAAAUGAUUUUGAUAGCACUCUGCAAAGUAUUUCUAACCUUUCUAAGUAGUUCUUACCACAUACAGCAUUUAGUUAGAAUAUGCUGUGUAGUUGGAAAAAUAUUUGAAACUAAAUACUAGAAGUAAGAUUUGUUUUUAAGCCAAUGGCUGUUAAAAACAGAGGGGAAAAAUAUCUGGGACAAGUGUGAGUGUAUGUAGACAAAUACAUCACCCUUUAAUUGUAGAGGAUCUCUGUUCAAGGCAGUUGCUUGUUUAAGCUCAGCUGUCUAUUUUUCCCUUUGUUUUGAGUAUCUAUACAUCUCAGUAAAGUUAACAUCAGCAAAAUUCAUUGAGGUUACCCUUUCAUACUGUACACACAUUUAGGUUACUGAACAUUGUACUGCUUUUUAAGUUUAAAACAUGAUUUGGGGUCUUAAAGUAAACAUUAAAUUGUGGAUGAACUAAAAAGAUACAUAGCUGAAAAGAACUCUUGGGAUGAGUUCAGUGAGGGAUUGGAAUGUCUGAAAGGCUAACAUUUAGCUACUUUAUCAGUUGAAAAGCCCUGUUUUAGUCCUAAGAAUCCUCAUUACACUGUAUUUCAGAUUUUAAGAUACUUAUUUUUUAAGUUAAAUGGACUUACAAUUAAAUUGUGCAAUCAGAAAAAAAAAAAUCUGCUUUGGAAACAACACGUAGAGCCUCCAAGAUAACUUUUUAAGACUUACUUAGUGUUGUGGGUGGUAUUUUUCAUGCAAAUAAGUAAGGGUGGGUUUUAUAUUUUGUAGAAGUUUUGGGUCCUAUUUUAAUGCUCUUUGUAUGGCAGGAUGUAUAUAGUGUGUUAAAUUCCUCAGAGCUCUCCUUAAAAAUCUUUGAAGUUAAUACUUUUGUGCAACUGUGUUUUGAAUAAAGCCAUGACAGUGUUAAAGACAAACAAAAAUGCAGUGCUGAUUAUCUUUUGUUUCUGAAGGAUCUUGUUUUUGUUUUUUUUUCUUCUGUGACUGCUGUAACUUAAAGUUUUCAAGACCAAAUUGCUUCUAAUAAAUUGAAGAUUUGUUGCUAA